AUGGUGACGCGGGUGACGCGUAGUGAGUCGGCUCUGGAUGGUGGCGACUGUGAAGACUACCUCGAGGCAGACGUUGAACGCGAGGACUUCGAGACCAGCGAGGAACUCGGGACGACUUGGAGUGCUGCGGUGAGUGAUUGGCGUUGGUGCGCACGGCGAGACUCCACGUGGUACGGGGUUCGAGCUGAAGUUCGCGGCCGACACAGUGAGGGGCGAGGCGGAGAGUGGCAAGGAGACGAGCGAGUGAGCUACUGGGCUCUGGACGGCGUGGAGCGACUGCACUGUCGGACUGAGGAAGCGGAGCCUACAGCGACGGUGGGAGCAGCGCACUGCGUGGGAAAAGGAGGUGGUAGUGUGAGCGAGCGGAGUCUAGUGAUUGAGAGUGUGUGAGAGUGAAGAGUGUUGAGAGGGAGGAGAUUGAGCGAAGAGCGGAGUUGGUCGAGCAGUUAGUGUGGUAAUAAAGUAGGAUCUAAGGCCGUGUGGAGUGCCGAAGAUCCGGCGCAGUGACUGAGUGAGUCACUGUCGGCCAGUGAAAGUGUUUGUGUGCCCCAUUGAAGCG